AGGUCGUAGAGCCGAUUCCCUUUCCCAGUAGCCCUGUGGUGGUGCAGGGGUUUGUCGAUCAGGUCAGUGGCGUGAGAGUUUGGAGAUCGUAGCAAUAAUCGUGAUGGCAACAACUGCAGCUGCUCGUCCUUUGGUGACUGUGCAGAGCGUCGACGGUAGCGAGAAGGGCGCUCAGGCGACAUUGCCUGCCGUGUUUCUGGCACCAAUUCGCCCGGACGUGGUGGGAGCUGUCCACUCUGCCUUGGCGAAGAACAAGAGGCAGCCCUACGCUGUGAGCGUGAAGGCUGGACACCAGACAUCUGCGGAGUCAUGGGGUACCGGGCGUGCCGUGUCGCGUAUUCCCAGGGUUCCAGGUGGUGGAACUCACCGUGCGGGACAAGGAGCGUUCGGAAACAUGUGUCGUGGUGGACGCAUGUUCGCGCCCACCAAGGUUUGGCGCCGGUGGCACAGGAAGAUUAACCUAAAUCAGAAGAGGUAUGCCAUCGCCUCCGCUCUUGCAGCCUCUGCUAUCCCUUCGUUGGUGCUCGCCAGGGGUCACAAGAUCGAGCAGGUGCCCGAGGUGCCCUUGGUGUUGGCCGACGGAGCUGAGGGUAUUGAGAAGACGUCUGCCGCUGUGAAGUUGUUGAAGUCUGUUGGAGCUUAUGCUGAUGUAGAGAAGGUUAAGGCUAGCCACAGCAUCAGGGCUGGCAAGGGUAAGAUGAGGAACCGGAGGUAUGUUUCACGCCGCGGGCCUCUUGUCGUCUACGGUACCGAGGGUGCCAAGCUGGUCAAGGCAUUCAGGAAUAUUCCCGGUGUUGAGGUUGUUUCCGUUAAUCAUUUGAAUCUUCUGCAGCUCGCUCCAGGUGGUCAUCUGGGUCGGUUUAUUGUGUGGACGAAAUCCGCUUUCGAGAAGUUGGAUGUCGUCUAUGGUACUCAGGAAAAGAAGUCCCUGUUGAAGAAGAAUUACAUUCUUCCUUACAAUAUCAUGAGUAAUCCAGACUUGUCUAGAAUCAUCAAUUCUGAUGAGAUUCAGAGCGUUGUCCGUCCUACGAAGGUGGGCGCUAAGAGACGUGCCCUGAAGAAGAAUCCAUUGAAGAAUUUAGGUGCCCUCCUCAAGCUUAACCCAUAUGCGAAGACUGCCAGGAGAAUGGAGAUCUUAGCUCAGGAGAGGCAGGUCAAGGCUAAGGCCGAAAAGUUGCAGAGCAAGAGGACUCAGCUCAAGCCUGAGGAGAAGGAGUUGAUCAAGAAACAGGGUGCCUCCUGGUACAAGACUAUGGUGUCAGACUCUGAGUACACAGAAUUUGAGAACUUCACCAAGUGGUUGGGUGUCUCCCAGUGAGUUGGGUCCUCAUGGUCCAUUCUUCAUGAAAAUUUUGCUUUUUUUUCUGGUUUGAGGAUAGAGUUACGGUCAUGUGUGCUGUAGAUUGACCUUGUAAUCAGGCAUCAUUUCCGGAUUUACAGAAUUUGGGUGUGGCUGCCCCCUUUCAUACACGGGAUCCCAAAUUUGAAUCGUGUGAUUGUUCAUGUUCUGGCCCAGUACAUUUAGUGAUGUUAAAAUUAUCUAUUAAUUGUGGAAUAUCAGUCAAGAGCUUCAAUACUUGUUUAUCUUAACAACAAUAAAAAGAAAAACGACUUUUCC